CGUGUGCGGAGCGGCACACUCACAUUGAGUAUAUUUGGAUUUCCACACUUCAUAUCUGCCGCAUGAUAGGAUGCUCGCCUUUUAUUCUGCUUAUCAGAUACACACCUAGGAUUUUGAUUUUACACACAAUACCUUGAUGCCUGCCCGAGAAAAUGCAAAAAGUGGGGAUUAUUGGAAUUUUAAUGUUACCCAAGGCAAGCUUGUCUCCAGACUGCCAUCCUCACGUCAUUCUCGUCAAAGAGGAGGAAAAGUGCAUGAAAGAGCUGCUCCUUCUAAACUCAUCCAAUGCAACAGACUGUAUAGGACUGUGGGACGGCUUGAACUGCUGGCCGCCUGCCUCUCUUGGGGAAACUGUCUCGCAGCCCUGUCCUGAGUACUUCGGCUCAGAAGGUAAAGUUUACCGCAACUGCACCGCCAAAGGCUGGACAGACCCCCUCCAUGAAGAUACCUGCGGCUACGCGUUCAACGAGACGCUCCACUUUCUUGGAGAGUCAUCAGAUUCCCAUUUGUAUUUCUCCUACGUGAAGAGCAUGUACACAGCCGGAUACGCCCUCUCUCUCAUCUCCCUCACCAUCGCCAUCGCCAUACUGUCCCUGUUUAGGAAGCUCCACUGCACCAGGAUCUACAUUCACAUUCAGCUGUUCAUCUCCUUCAUCCUGAGAGCCAUCUUCAUCUUCAUCAGAGACUCUCUGCUCUUCACGAAUGAAGAGCGUUAUCACUGUGACUAUUACCCGGUGGCGUGCAAGGUGGCGCUGAUGUUCACUAACUACUCCAUCCUGGCCAACUACAGCUGGCUGCUGGUGGAGGGCCACUUCCUGUUCACGCUGGUGAGCCGCUCCUUCUUCUCCCUGAGGAAACACCUCGCCUGGUACAUGGUCCUCAGCUGGGGUUUGCCAGUAAUUGUCAUUGCCUCCUGGGGGACUGCCAAGUAUUUUUAUGAGGAUGAAGGCUGCUGGGAAACCAGGAGACACGAGUGGAUUUGGUGGAUUCUCCGGGUGCCAGUGCUGUUAACCAUAUUUGUGAAUCUGAUCUUUUUCUUGGGCAUUUUGAGGAUUCUGGUGGGCAAACUUAGGAUGCCCGACGCGCACAGGAACGAAUUCAGCCAGUAUAAGAGGUUAAUCAAAUCCACAUUUUUCCUGGUGGCUCUGUUUGGCCUGCAGUACAUCCUCUUUGUUUUUUUACCUGUUAAAGUCAGCAGCUUGAUGUUUAAGAUAUGGACCUUUGUGGAGCUGGCUCUGUCAUCUACACAGGGUUUCGUGUUGGCUGUCCUCUACUGUUUCACGAAUGGAGAGGUGCAGCACGAGAUCCAGAGGAGAUGGAGGCGCUGGCGGCUGACCCAGCACCUCCCCGGCCGGCCCAGGGCCAGGCAGCACGGCUCCCUCAGCCAGAGCGGAUCUCCUGCCACACAGGCCUCCCUGCUGCCCUGCGCGGCUCUCGGCCCAGCAGCCGGAGGACACCCGCUGGACACUCUGGAGAUGUGAUUCAGACUGAAACCAAAUUCACUUCGUCUUCCUCCUGCCUCUGACAUGUAAUGAAGCCUGGACUGCUGGCAAAGACUCUCUCUCUCUCUGGUGCCUACUUAGAUCAUGUAGUGCACAGACAGCUACCCAUUUUUGGAGGGGGCACAGAUCUACAGCAUUUUAUGUUUCAUCAAACUGUCAUAAUUCCUGGUGCCCUCCACAUGCCCUGGCAUUUCUUUUGAAGUGCAAAAAAGGAGCAGGACAAAAGUCGAGACCACCCUUGAUGACAGUAUGCAGUGUGACACAGAUUAGGAGAGUGGAACUACAAUAAUGUUGGAUAUUGCACGCAAUGUAGUAAAAAUGUUUCCUGUUUUGUGCUGCAGAGCAAUCAGCAGAUUUCAAAUCAGUGGUCGAGACACUGUGACUGGGUAAUGGGCGAUGGGAAAAGUUUAAUUGCUAAAGAUGUCAAUCAAUCACCAAUCACACUUUCAGAUUUUAAGUAGCUGCAAAACUCUGAUAUUUACUACAUAUUGAAGUAGGGGGCAACAACUCAGCGACAGCACUGCUGAACCCAGGCAGGGCAACCGUUUGGGGUCCCUCAGACUGUGGAGCAUUUUCUGCAAAAAAAUACCAUUAUUUCUUACACAGGGAUAGCUGCAUCAAUAGUAACCAAAACUCAAAAGCCUUGCUUUUUCCCAGCAGGUCCACUCAGCCAUAUGUGUUUUUUUUUUUUUGUUUGUUUGCAAAAACAGAACUGUUGCAGGGC